AAGCGCACACAGCAUGAUUGUGAGGAGCAUUGCCGCCCGCACUGGCUCCCGGGCACUCGCCCGUCCCCACUCCCGCCCGCUGCGCCGCUUCCUCUCCACCGACAUUGCCGCCCUCGAGGCUUCGACCGACAACAGCUUCAAGCAGGUCCAGUCGCUCGAGGCCCAGCUCAACACGCACCUUCACCAGCCCCUGCCCUCAAUUGACCCCGACUCGCCGCCCCGCGACCAUGUGGCCGCCCAGUACCACCUGUACAAGCAGCAGGCCAAGAUGCUGGGAAAGCUGGGGUCCGACAUUGCCCCCCACUACCGCCCGCACACGCUGCUUAACCACCCGCCCUCGCCUGCCGACGUCACCCUCGAGCUGCUGCUCGCCUCCGAAGCCCAUCAAGGCCAUGUCACGUCGCUCUGGAACCCCGCAAAUGCCCGCUACAUCCACGGCAUCAGGCAGGGCGUCCACAUCAUCUCGCUCGAAGUCACCGCCGCUCAUCUGCGUCGGUCCGCAAAGGUUGUCCAGGAAGUCGCCCGCCGGGGAGGCAUGAUACUGUUUGUAGGAACCCGUGAUGGCCAGGACAGGGCCGUUGCCAGGGCCGCCGAGCUGGCCAAGGGCUAUCACCUGUUCGAGCGCUGGAUCCCCGGCAGCAUCACAAACGGCCAGCAAAUCCUCGGCAGGUGCAAGACAAAGGUCGUCAACGAGCUGGAUGAGGAGGUCAAGGGCUUUGACGAGCAACUCUACGACCGCCCCGCCCUUCGCCCAGAUCUUGUCGUGUGCUUGAACCCAUUGGAAAACUACGUGCUGCUCCACGAGUGCGCCCUGAACAACAUCCCAACCAUUGGCGUCAUUGACACCAAUGCCGACCCCACUUGGGUCACCUACCCAAUCCCGGCCAACGACGACAGUCUGCGCUGCAUCCAAGUUAUCGCCGGUGUGCUAGGUCGGGCCGGAGAGGCUGGCCAAAAGCAACGUCUCGCCGCCGCUGCCGAGGGCAAAAUUACCUACCGUCCCGCACAGGGACUCACGCUAGCCGGAGCAGAUGCUGACGGCGACAAGUCAGGUGCCUCGACGUCGCGAAUGGGCGAAGCCGCUCCCAGAGAUCAUGUCGCCGAGGCAGUCGAGAGCGGACUCGACAACGCAAAUGAAAUGGCUGUGCAAAUGGACGAGGUCAGCAGCCAUGAAAGCCACCGAACAAGGGGUGGCCGAGAUAUCAAAGUCGUUUCGUAGAAGGGAAACCGUUGCCAUGGGCAAAGAGACCAAUGCAAAAUUGUGGUUUGGGACAUGAGAAGAAACGUGUACACAAGAUAAUGUGUACCUGCUACCUCAAUUGAGACAACGCUGCAGCAGCCCUGCUCUCUGCCUUGGAAAACAAAUCCUUCAAACGGAACUGCGCAACACUAUCGCCAUGGCACUACCAGCGUUGACAUGCCUUGCGGCCCCCCCCCCCUGUCCACUCUUGUUUGCAACCAUGACACAUUCCUCUUCCAGUAGAACAAACUGUAUCAUUAGCUUGCGAGAUAGGAGAGCCUAAAGCAAAAUGCUGAAAAAGGAUAUUGAACACUUAAGACGAGUCGGCGUCGAGAGACGUUUGUUUCCGGUGUAGCGUCGACCCGCUCGAAUCACGGAGUUUGCUCUAGCGUGUCCGGGCCCCAUUAAGUAAACUCACACCCAUGCAUUUAUUUCCAUGUGCCCACAUGCCCCC